UCAAAAGCGUAUAUAGUCUUGUGCGCCGUGGAGUGUUCGCAGGAAGCAUGAAUUUUACCAGUGUUCCUGAACCGAUCCAGGAGUUAAAAAUGGACCCAAGUAUUGUGGGAGCCUGUGUCAUCAUGGCUGUGUGCUUUGUGGUGGGGACUCCAGGGAACCUGCUGGUUGUGUGGACCAUCGUGAGGCACGUGAAACAACGCUCUCACACUGUGUUGCUCAUCAUGCACCUGGCUGUUGCUGACCUGCUGGUAGUCUUCACCCUGCCUUUAUGGAUCUACUCACUGGUUUGGUCCUGGGUGUUUAGUGAGAUUGUGUGCAAAGCCAUGGUGUAUGUUAUCUAUGCCUGCAUGUAUGCUAGCAUCUUCUUGAUCACCAUCAUGAGUGUGGAGCGCUUCCUGGCUGUCAGGUACCCCUUUGCUUCAGCUGCCUGGAGAAAGAAGCAGAUGUUAAAUAAGAUCUUGCUGGUUGUGUGGGUGGCGUCCUUUCUUCUCAGCAUUCCAGUUAUAAUUACUCAGGUCUUGGGCGACGACAACGGACCAAAACAGUGCUUGUAUCGGGAGUAUAAAUCCAGAACACAGGAGACUGUUCUUCUGCUCUUGGAGUCUCUGGUGGGUUUUGUGAUCCCCUUCUUCAUCCUGGUGCUCUGCUAUGGCUGCCUCUACAGUCGAAUCACACAGAUGAGCUUUAGGUCCAAGCGUAAGUCUACAAUGCUGAUUGUCGGUGUUGUGGUGGUAUUUGCUCUUUGCUGGAUCCCACACCACAUCACCAAUGUUUUGUCUUUGGUUUACAUUGUCUUUGAGGACUCCCCAGAAGGAGAAAAAAUCUACGAUGUUGUGAAUGCCAUGCACAUGAUCUCUAGCUCACUAGUCUUUGUAAGCAGCACUAUCAAUCCAGUGCUGUAUGUUUUUGCAGCACGAAGCUUUCGCACUUCACUGAGGGACACAGGUAUCCACAAGCUGUUCCGUCACCUGUCCAGUACAGUGACGGGCGAAGGCACUAGAGAACUGUCAUUUGUGUCCAAAAGACAAAGCUCUCAGACCAACACUUCUCAGUGCUGCAUGGAGUCCAAAGCACAUAUAGACCUGCUUGUGGACAUAUGCAGCAAUGCUGCCACUGAUGAGCACGUGUGAAGGUACAAAGUUUGGCUACUGAGUAAUUGCAAAAAUAUUUAUGUAUAUAUAAUGUUACUAUGGAGAAUACUUAGCCUAGUACUUGACUUAAGAUGAUGGAUUUUAAUAAGAGAAAAAGAGGAAGGACAUUUUGUCCAGGACUAAUUCAGUGCUUGGAAAAAUUGUAUAACAUCAGGAAUAUCUACAUACAACUGUAUGUACCACAGAGUUCAUUAUCUGACAUCAUUCUUUUCCAUUUAAACUUGAAAAUAAAAAAAGUUUUUGAAUUUUAAAAAGUUAAAACAAAGAAAGGUUCAAUAUGUUGAAUAUUCAAAUAUUUUGCAUGAUCAAAUAUUCAUACAUUUUAACUCCUAUACAAAGGUCUGAUUCUCCUUGAGUCUUGUCUCAUCCAAACCAUUUGUUCGACAUUCUGAUGGAUUUCAUCUAACGCGAGUCAUUUCCACAAUCUUGUGCAUACCUAACUUGAGUGCAUGCAUCAAAGCACAAGGGGCAAAAUCCAUGCAAUUAUUUACAGGAUUUUCACUCAAGAUUUUGCUGAUAAUUUUACAUUCAAUUAGAAAUGUCUCAAAUUUGUUUUUACGAAUUGUCUCAGACUCAAGUGUCUCAAGUGUCCUCAGAUUAUAAACAUUUGUUUAAUGUAAUUUUUUACCCAUGUCGCUGUAUUUUUCUUAUCUGUUUUUUAUAAUGUUCUUCAUGUGUAUGAAAUCUUUUUUCUUGUUUGUAAUUGUUAUAUAUUUUAUAUAAUUAUUUCUUCUUGUCUAUUCAUUCUUUUUUUUUUUACUGUAGUUUUUUAGAUGUAGUAUAUUUAUAUGCCAAGUCUAAGAAGGACUAGGCCUAGUUUUCAUUUCACUGCCAACUUAUAUACUGUAUAUAACUGUGUGCUUGACAAAUAAAAUCAUGAAUCUUGAA